AUGCCCUACCCCGUAAAAGAGGUCUGGCCAUCGGAGAGUGUGGAAUGUGCGAUGUUCGAGCCCUUCGAGAACGCCGUCCAAAGCUUCCGCGUCCAGGCCAAUCAGAAGCAUCGGUACCCGUAUUCGCCCUCCCAGCAUUUCGACGCCAUCCGCCAGAAUGGGCGUAGACCGCUGCGGAAGCUUAGUGCCCGUACUGUCGCUGACGUCCUGGCCGACUUCUCCGAGAAUCACGUCAUCCUGUACGUGCGCAGCGACAAAAAUAAUCAUUUUGAAUACCGGCUUCGCCCUGCGAGAGAUCCCAAGGCACUCUCCCAUAAUGAGCCCAUCCCGCCACCCAGAUACGUCGAGCACUGCGAUGCGCCACCCGCACCCAAAGAGCGGUCCUACAGAACGGUACCGACGCUGCGCAUGGCGGGGACCGGCCGCCAGAUCGUCCCGGCGGCGAGAAAACCAGAAACCAUCGCCCCCUCGGUUUUCGUCCCAGUCCAAGACUACCACCAGUGGUCUGAGACCCGCGCCGUACGGUACGCAGCUUCUCCUGGCGAGAUCACCCUGUAG